UGUAAUUAGGUAUUUAUAAGUUAGUUAUUUUAUGAUUACAAAAUCCCUUUAGUCAGUGAAAUUACAAGAAUCUCCCAUUCAAAAAUGCAAGGUUGAUCAAACAAAAAAAAAGAAAGUCAAUAGAGUUGUUUUCAAAACAGAAAUUGAUGAAAAUAAAAAUAUUUAAUUAGGAUUUCAAACAUAGAGAAAGAGUUAUGAUUGUGUUGCAGUAGAUAAUAAAAUAAAUAGUUUUAAUCUUAUUUCUAGUAUGUUUGAAUUAGAAUCUAAAAAUUUAGAUCUUUAUAUGGAUCUUUAAGAUAAAACUACAUAGAUUUAAUAAAUGUAAACAUAAAUUGAAUAAUAACAAAUAAAACAUUAAUAAUAAAUUAGAUAAUAUAGUUAAGAUAAAAAAGAGCUUCUAUUAAAGUAUUUAUUGUUGAAAUUAAAUAGAAUUUAAAACCUUGAAAAAUAAUCAGAAAUAUAAAGAAAAUAUAUUGAAUAGUUACCUUAAUUUGAAGUUGAAGCUCAAGAGUGGAAAAUUAGAUUCCUAAAAUUGAAUAAAUAAUUUCAUUUAUAGUAAGAAACAUUAGUCAGAUUAGAAGCUGAGUAAUAAAGUACUUAAAGAAGAAGAACAGAUGGAUUCAAUUUUUUUAAAUAAUAAAUAUGA